AUGCCUAUAGAACUAAUUCCCUGCCACGUCGAAGCUGUCAUUGACGCACACGAAGCAGGUGGGAUUGUACACAACGUCUUCCAGCACCUGGAAAAUACCCUCCCAUCUGGCUCGCAGCAGCGCCGAACUCGAUCCCAAAUAUGUGAUUCAGCUUUUAUCGUCGACUUCCUAAGCGAACAGCUUUUAUACGCACCUUCAAAAGUAUUCGCCGCGACUGCUUGGCUUCAGGCAAAGGUACGUCACAUUACUACCUUACUACGGACUACGCCAUCAGUUAACUUACAACUCGUGAUUAAGGGUCUCGAUAUCUCCUCCGUCUGCCCCGACUCCACACUACAAGCUAUCAACGACAGCAACAAGCGUCUGAUUGCCUCCGCAAAAGAAGCCAAGAAGGCUUACAAGACUGAAGACAGGAAAAGGAACCAUCUCGACCGAAUUGAGAAGUCGCUUCAGAGACCUCUUGCGGACGUCUUCAAUUGCUGGACGCCCGAAGGGCCCUCAGAUCAUUCACAGCUGGCGGUUGGUACGCUUGCCGCUAUUGAACGUGCCGUCGCACUCUCCCCACAUUUGACACCCGACGAGGUUUCAAUCGCUCUCAACACAGCAGUAAAUGGUCCGGGUAUCACCACUGACCAGCUGGGUGAGAAGCCUAGUCAGACUCUAAUUCUAGCACUCUGCCACCAACUACAGACCACCUCAACUCGUACGCCCAUUGACAGCAACGCGCGAGAAGUCAAUCCCCGCCUCCAACGUUUUUUGAGGCAAAAACGUCAGACUUCUUCGUCACCGUGA